AUGGCGCCAGCGGCGGGGGCGGUGGCUGGCCGCAAGAACUGGUCGGCCGAGUGCAGGAACAUGUGGCGCGUCGCGGGGCCGGUGAUCCUGACCGAGAUCUUCCAGUUCAUGCUCGGCUUCGUCACCGCAGCUUUUGUCGGCCACAUCGGCAAGAUUGAGCUCGCCGCCGUCUCCAUCGUCAACGGCGUCGUCGAGGGCCUCGCCUUCGGCCUUCUGCUUGGCAUGGGGAGCGCCCUGGAGACGCUGUGCGGCCAGGCGGUGAGCGCUGGGCAGCUCCAGAUGCUGGGCGUGUACAUGCACCGCUCCUGGAUCAUCUGCCUCUCCACCUCCCUCGUCCUGCUCCCGCUCUACGUCUUCACGUCCCCGAUCCUCCGGCUGCUCCGGCGGUCCGCAGCCAUCUCAGCAGUGUCGGGGCGGUACGCGCGCUGGUGCGUGCCGCAGCUGUUCGCCUACGCCGUCAACUUCCCCAUCCAGAAGUUCUACCAGGCGCAGAGCAGGGCCUGGGUCAUGACAGCCAUCUCCGGGGCCGUGCUGGGCGUGCACACGCUGCUCGACUGGCUCGUCGUGGCAAGACUCGGGCGCGGGCUGGUCGGCGCGGCUGUCGUCGGCAACGUCUCGUGGUGGCUGCUCAACGCGACGCAGUUCGUGUACGUCGUCGGCGGGUCGUUCCCGGAGGCCUGGACGGGGUUCUCCCGCAAGGCGUUCGCUAGCCUCGGCGGCUUCGUCAGGCUCUCGAUCGCGUCGGCUGUCAUGCUGUGCCUAGAGAUGUGGUAUUAUACAGCAGUGCUCAUUCUGGUGGGAUGCCUGAAGAACCCAGAGAUUCAGGUUGGAGCGAUUUCCAUUUGCAUGAACUAUCAGCUUUGGACACUGAUGGUUGCUGUUGGUUUCAAUGCUGCAGUGAGUAUUCGCGUGUCGAACGAGCUUGGCGCAAACCAUCCGAAGGCGGCCAAGUUCUCGGUUGUCGUCGCCACGAGCACAUCAGCCACCAUUGGACUGAUCUUCACUGCCGUUGCUCUGGCGGCGAGGAAGCAAAUACCUCGGCUUUUCACGGACGAUGAUAUACUCGUCAAGGAGACGGCCAAACUGGGGUACCUCCUGGCCGCCACCAUAUUCCUCAACAGCAUCCAGCCGGUGCUGUCAGGGGUGGCGAUCGGUGCCGGGUGGCAGUCCUUGGUCGCGUUCGUCAACAUCGCCUGCUAUUACCUCGUUGGUCUGCCCCUUGCAGCAGUUUUUGGCUUCAACCUGAAGCUCAAUGCGACAGGGAUUUGGGUUGGGGUGCUGAUUGGAACUGUGUUACAGACUGUCAUUCUGUUUGUCAUCCUCGUCAGAACCAAAUGGCAGAAAGAGGCCAUGCUAGCAGAAGAGAGAAUACGUGUUUGGGGAGGAGGAGACGUCGAGCUGCCGCAUGUUCAAGAAACAAGAAGAACACGAAGAUGA